ACAUGAGGGCCUGGGCUAUUAUCCAGAAAAGCGCUUUUCCAAACUGUUCUGCAGCCUGCAAGGCUCGGCCCAGGCCCGCGCGUCCCCAGCUACUGCGCCGCCCGCGCUGCUGCAGAGGCCGGAAAAGGCCGCCCGCCAGCACUCGCGCCACCCCCCACUGCCCGCCGGGAGAUACCACGCGGCCGACCCCUCCGGAAGCCCGAAAAGGUAUCGUCCCCGGCCUCUGAUUGGCCAGCGGGGGCCGGGGGCGGGGCUUCCGGAACCUGGUUCCGCGCGCCAGAGCCCGCGCGCCGCAUUGCGAGCCGGACUAGGAGCGGGCGCCAUGGUGCUGCUGCACGUGCUGUUCGAGCACGCGGUCGGCUACACGCUGCUGGCGCUGAAGGAGGUGGAGGAGAUCAGCCUGCUGCAGCCGCAGGUGGAGGAGUCCGUGCUCAAUCUGGGCAAGUUCCACAACAUCGUCCGUCUCGUGGCCUUUUGUCCCUUUGCCUCGUCCCAGGUUGCCUUGGAAAAUGUCAACGCCGUGUCUGAAGGUAUUGUUCAUGAGGAUCUCCGCCUGUUCUUGGAAACGUACCUGCCAACCAAAAAGAAGAAAGUACUCCUGGGGGUUGGGGACCCCAAGAUUGGUGCUGCUAUACAAGAGGAGUUGGGGUACAACUGCCAGACUGGAGGUGUGAUAGCUGAGAUUCUUCGAGGAGUUCGUCUGCACUUCCACAACCUGGUGAAGGGCCUGACUGAUGUGUCUGCUUGUAAAGCCCAGCUGGGGCUGGGACACAGCUAUUCUCGGGCCAAAGUUAAGUUUAAUGUGAACCGGGUGGACAAUAUGAUUAUACAGUCCAUUAGCCUCCUGGACCAGCUGGAUAAGGACAUCAAUACCUUCUCCAUGCGUGUCAGGGAGUGGUAUGGGUAUCACUUUCCUGAGCUGGUGAAGAUAAUCAAUGACAAUGCUACAUACUGCCGAGUCGCUCAGUUCAUUGGAAACCGAAAGGAGCUGAAUGAAGAAAAGUUGGAGGAGCUGGAGGAGCUAACAAUGGAUGGGGCCAAAGCUAAGGCUAUUCUGGACGCCUCACGGUCCUCCAUGGGCAUGGACAUAUCAGCCAUUGACUUGAUAAACAUUGAAAGCUUCUCCAGUCGUGUGGUGUCUUUGUCAGAGUACCGCCAGAGUCUGCACACUUACCUGCGAUCCAAGAUGAGCCAAGUGGCCCCCAGCCUGUCAGCCUUAAUUGGGGAAGCGGUAGGCGCACGUCUCAUUGCUCAUGCUGGCAGCCUCACCAACCUGGCCAAGUAUCCAGCAUCCACAGUGCAGAUCCUUGGGGCUGAAAAGGCCCUGUUCAGAGCCCUGAAGACAAGGGGUAACACCCCAAAAUAUGGACUCAUUUUCCACUCCACCUUCAUUGGCCGAGCAGCUGCCAAGAACAAAGGCCGCAUCUCCCGAUACCUGGCAAACAAAUGCAGUAUUGCCUCGCGAAUUGAUUGCUUCUCUGAGGUACCCACAAGUGUAUUUGGGGAGAAGCUUCGAGAACAAGUGGAGGAGCGGCUAUCCUUCUAUGAGACUGGCGUGAUUCCACGAAAGAAUCUGGAGGUCAUGAAGGAGGCAAUGGUACAGGCAGAGGAAGCGGCUGCCGAGAUUACUAGAAAGCUGGAGAAACAGGAGAAGAAACGCUUGAAGAAGGAAAAGAAACGGCUGGCUGCGAUUGCCCUUGCAUCUCCAGAAAACAGCAGCAGUACACCAGAGGAGUGUGAGGAGACAAAUGAAAAACCCAAAAAGAAGAAAAAGCAAAAGCUCCAGGAGACUCCUCAGGAGAAUGGAACAGAAGACCCACCCGUUUCUUUACCCAAACCCAAGAAAAGGAAAUCUUUUUCCAAGGAGGAGUUUGUUAAUAACGAUCUUGAGACAGCUAACAAUGGAAAUCUUCCCAAGAGGAAGAAAUCUUUAACCAAACAGGAACCAGUUAGUGAACCCGAAGAGGCAACAAACAGGAGUGUUCCCAAGAAAAAGAGGAAACUCUCUUUGAAGGAGGAACCUCUCAGCAGUGGACCUGAAGAGGCUGUUAAUAACAAGAGCUCCAAGAAAAAGAAAAAGCUCCAAAAGCUAGCCCAGGAAGAUUAGAAUGGACAGUACCCUGGUGGGGUAUAACCACCAAGUUACCUACCCCCUAUGUCCCAAUAAAAGAAAAUUCACAAGAGUUGAUUUAUAA